AUGCUGUCAGACUGGGAGCUCUCAGUAUCAACAGCCACACCAUCUGGAGCUAUUAAGCCGUCUACUGGAUUCGCUACAACAUGGUCCGACUUUACGCCUUCGACCAGUUCGGCAGAGGCCGAUCUUUCACAAACAUCUCUACCGUCAGAUAUAUUAUCUAUGGACCCGGAACUAUUGGAAAAAAUUGCAUUCAGUCUCGAGCAGUUUCCACCAGAGCCAACCUUUAACACCGUCGGGUAUCCGAUGAACGGUUUUACAUCAAACAAUAAUAAUAUCAAUUCGAAUACCCUACAUGUGCCUUCAGCUGUCCCGAUGUCAGUCUCAAAUAGUCAAAGGGGGUUUGAUACCAAUCCAGAAACCAUUUCGUCACUCGAGACACACCCAUAUUAUUCGUCUCUCUCACCUAAUGCGGAUCAGUUACUGGGUGUUCGUGGACCCCAGCAAUUUACUCCCUCCCCGGACUACACAACAGCCUUCGGCUUACCGGAACCUCGAUAUCCGAGCCCAGUGCCACAAAAGAAAGCAUCUGUUGAAGGCUCAGCUCGAAGUGUCUCGCCUUCUUCUCAAGACUCAGAUGAAGACCGUCUCCAGGAAAAGCGGCGUCGAAACAAAUUGGCCGCUCGGAGAUUACGCCAAAAGAAAAUGGAUCAAAUGUCCGAUCUUGAAUCAAGACUGGAAGUGAUGACGAAAGAGAGAGAUGAGUUGCGACUCAAGGCUGCUAAAUGGGAAGGAGAAGUUAUGGUAUUGAGGCAAUUGCUUGGGAAGGAGACCGGCAAAUGA